AUGGGUAGUCUCCCUUGCCACAAGUAUGUUGUUGGCCUGCACACCGCAGCCCUCUCUCGUCCAAAGGCGAGACAUGCAGUUUCAAUGAAAGUUGUCUGCGGCGAAUCAGCAUCGGUGUCGACCGAAACUUCUGACAACUGGAGGAAGGGUCAGCUGCAAGAAAUCCUCGGAAAAUAUCAGCCUAGUGACAUCUUCAGCGCGGAUGAAAUUGGGCUGUUCUACAAAUGCCUGCCAACCCGCACGCUCGCGAGACAGGGAGAAGUGUGCAGCGAGAACAAGAUUCCAAAGGAGCGACUCACACUGUUACUGGCCGCCAACACGGAUGGCACGGAGACGUUACCUCUUCUCACUAUCGGAAGGUUCGAGAAGCCGCGGUGUUUUAAACACACCAAAACUCUGCCAACAGAGUACAAAUUCAACAGAAAGACGAGGAUGACAGGCACGAUCUUCGAGCAGUGGGUGCAAAAACUUGACAGAAAGUUCAUUUUGCAAGGAAGAAGUGUCGCACUCAUCGUGGACAACUGCUCUGCUCACCCACAUCUGACUGAUUUAAAGGCCAUCCAACUGUUUUUUUCUGCCGCCGAACACAACAAGCGUACUAUAACCGUACGACCAGGGAAUUAUACAAUCUUUCAAAGUACUCAACAGAAAGAGAGUGCUAAAACGACUCAUAGCUACCAUGGACAAGGACGGGAGCGCUGA